UUCCUGCCGCUGUUUCGGAUUGGGACCUCGGAAAUUCCGCCCGUGACGGGAGGAGGCUCGCUCGCUGAGAGAGAGAGCGACACACACACAUUUCCGGUUGAUGUCGCUCCUCCUGAGCCGCACGCUCACGCAGUCCUCCCUGCUACUGGUGCAAAGAAUCAGUGGCCGACGAACGCCGAGUGUCUUCCCGUGUGCACUAACACAAGUCCGGCAACUCAUUGCAGAUACGAAGACGGUGAGAGCGGCCGCUCAGUGUUCAGCAGCCAUGGCCAAAAGGAGGCCCUUCGAGCGGCUACCCACGGACGUGUAUCCCGUCAACUACGGGCUCUGUCUGCAGCCCGACCUGGUUAACUUCACGUUCGGCGGCAAGCUGCAGGCGAUGGUGGAGGUGACACAAGCCACCAAUCAGAUUGUGAUGAACUGCGCCGACAUCGACAUCAUCACAGCCUCCUUUGCGCCUCAGGGAGGAGACGAAAUUGACGCCACAGGAUUCAACUAUCAAAAUGAGGACGAGAAGGUGACCUUGUCCUUUCCCUGCGCUCUGAAGAAAGGUUCUGGUGUGUUGAAGAUCAAGUUUGCGGGGGAGCUGAAUGACAAAAUGAAAGGCUUCUACAGAAGUAAAUACACCAGCACCACGGGAGAGACUUGCUAUGCAGCCGUCACACAAUUUGAGGCCACGGAUGCCCGCCGAGCAUUUCCCUGUUGGGACGAGCCGGCCAUCAAAGCCACCUUUGACAUCACGCUGAUCGUCCCUAAGGACUGUGUCGCCUUGUCAAACAUGAACGUCGUCGAGCGCCAGCCGUACCCGAGCGACGAGGACCUAGUGGAGAUCAAGUUUGGCACAACGCCCGUCAUGUCCACGUACCUAGUGGCGUUUGUCAUCGGCGAGUUUGACUUUGUGGAGAGUCAGUCGUCAGAUGGUGUGCUGGUGCGCGUCUAUACACCAGUGGGAAAGGCAGAGCAGGGCCGCUUUGCACUGGAGGUAGCAACAAAGACGUUACCUUUCUACAAAGACUACUUCAGUGUUCCUUAUCCUUUGCCUAAGAUUGAUCUCAUUGCUAUCGCCGACUUUGCUGCUGGUGCCAUGGAAAACUGGGGCCUUGUUACUUACAGGGAGACGGCGCUGCUGAUCGACCCGAAGAACUCGUGCGCAUCUUCAAGGCAGUGGGUGGCGCUGGUGGUGGGUCACGAACUCGCCCAUCAGUGGUUCGGAAACUUGGUCACCAUGGAAUGGUGGACGCACUUGUGGCUCAAUGAAGGCUUUGCGUCGUGGAUCGAGUAUCUGUGCGUUGACCAUUGCUUCCCAGAGUAUGACAUCUGGACACAGUUUGUGUCCGCCGACUACACACGUGCUCUGGACCUGGACGCGCUGGACAGUAGCCAUCCCAUCGAGGUGAAUGUUGGCCAUCCGUCCGAAGUGGAUGAAAUCUUUGAUGCCAUCUCCUACAGCAAAGGGGCAUCGGUGAUCCGAAUGUUGCACAACUACAUUGGAGACGAGGACUUCAGGAAAGGAAUGAACGCGUAUUUGUUGAAGUUCCAACACAAAAAUGCCUCGACAGAGGACCUGUGGGACUGUCUGGAGCAGGCCAGCGGGAAACCCAUCGCCACCGUGAUGGGCUCGUGGACCAAACAGAUGGGCUUCCCAAUUAUUAUAGUGGAACAGGAGCAGCGCGGCGACAACUGCGUCCUCAACAUCUCUCAGAAGAAGUUCUGCGCUAGCGGACCACAUAAUGGCGAGGAUUGUCCCUACUGGAUGGUACCCAUCAGCAUCUGUACCAGUCAGGACCCCACCUGCAGCAAACUCCAGGUUCUACUGGACAAACCCCAGACCACCGUCACACUGCAAGACGUCACCCCCAACCAGUGGAUCAAGAUCAAUCCCGGUACAGUGGGCUUCUACCGCAUCCAGUACAGCUCACACAUGCUGAAGAGCCUACUGCCUGGUAUUCGAGACCUCAGCUUGCAGCCGGUGGACCGCCUCAGCCUUCAGAAUGACCUCUUCUCCCUGUCCCGCGCAGGCAUGAUCAGCACGGUGGAGGUGCUGCGUCUGAUGGAGGCCUUCGUCAAUGAGCCCAACUACACAGUGUGGAGCGACCUCAGCUGCAACCUGGGCGUCCUGUCCUCACUACUGUCCCAUACCGACUUCCACGAGGACCUCCAGGAGUUCAUCCGAGACCUCUUCACGCCCAUCGGCCUCCGCCUGGGCUGGGACUGCAAGUCAGGAGAAGGCCACCUGGAUGCCCUCCUAAGGGGUCUGGUUCUGGGCAAAUUGGGGAAGGCGGGACACAAGCCCACCCUGGAGGAGGCCCGGCGGAGAUUCAAAGACCAUGUGGACGGCAAACAUGUCCUCCCUGCAGACCUCAGGAGCCCGGUUUAUUUAACGGUGCUGAAGCACGGCGACAGUAGCACAUUAGACACCAUGCUCAGGCUUCACAAGCAAGCCGACAUGCAGGAGGAGAAGAAUCGCAUCGAGCGAGUACUCGGCGCCAUCUCUGCUCCGGACCUCAUCCAGAGAGUGCUUGCCUUCGCCCUCUCGGAAGAGGUUCGUCCUCAGGAUACGGUGUCGGUGAUUGGGGGCGUGGCCGGCAGCAGCAAACAUGGCCGCAAAGCUGCCUGGAAGUUUGUGAAGGACAACUGGGAGGAGCUUCACAACCACUACCAGGGCGGAUUCCUCCUGUCGCGGCUCAUCAAGCUGACAGUGGACGGAUUCGCCAUAGACAAAAUGGCCUCAGAAGUCAAGAGUUUCUUCGAGAGUCACCCGACGCCGGCAGUGGAGCGCACGGUGCUGCAGUGCUGCGAGAACAUCCUGCUCAACGCCGCCUGGCUCAAACGUGACGCCGAUGACAUCCACCAAUAUCUAAGGCACCGCAAGGCGCCCCCUGUCUGAGAUUCUAUCCCCCCCACCCCGCCCACCCCACCACAUACCCUUCCUUCCCUGCCCCUUGUUCCAGGACGUACUAGCAGGCUUCAUUUUCUUUCCAGACGCUGAACACCAUAAAGCAAAGCCAAGAAUCUCACAGACUACAUAAACUACUACAUUAUUUGCACCUGGACCGAGAUGCUUGUUUUUAGCAUCCUUUUACCCCCCCCCUUCCAGCACCACCAAGACUUGUCAACAACACCCUCGCCCACCUCCAAACAACUGUGAAGCCCUUUUUUAUCGUGCAUGACUCACUCAGCAUUAUUGGCCAAGUGUGUUGAAGAGGCAUCAGGUGGUCGGUUGGUUCACACUCUCCAGCAAUACACACACCCUGAGGUUUUAACGUCAUCAAAUCAGUACAGUCAAUCAAUAAUAGUCAUAAUAAUAAUAUGAAUUCAUAACAAACCAAUCAUGUGAAAAUCUCGAUUUGGUGUUGAUGAGUACAUUUUUUUUUCCCAAUUGCUCAGCACACAAAAUGUAAUAAGAUUAAGGAAAAAUACUCAAAUGUCAGAACAUAAUGAAAUACUCAACACAAAUAGACACAAAUAUUUGGUAAAUACACAAAUAUGAAAAUACUUUUGACAAAGAAAUACAUGUAUUAGAUAAAGAUAAAAUAUUAGGAAAACAUAUACAAACAGAUGGAAAUAUGCAAAUACUGUACAAAAAUAUCAAAAUCUCUUGCAAUAGACACCAAGGUUUUUACAUCAAAUCAGUGCAGUCAAUCAAUAAUAGGAAUUCAUAAACCAAUCACGUGAGAUUCUUGAUUUGGUGUUUAUAAGUUGUUUUUUUUAUUUCCCAGUGCAUAAAAAUGCUAAUUUAUUACACCAAGAAUACUAAAAUAUUGGAAAAUAAUACAAAAUACUGCACACAAAUAUGCAAAUAGAAUAAACUAAUUUCAUGAAAAAUGCAAAUGGAAAAAAAAAAAACUGGCAAAAACAUUUUCACCAAGAGUACACAAUUGUGAAAAUACACAAUUGUGAUUGAACUAUUUGAGAGACAAAAAAUAUUGGACAAACAUAUGCUACUAAAAAUGUGAAAAGAUGAAAAAAGAAAUAUUACAUGAAAAUAAAAACAUUUUACGAAAAAAUACAAUCGUGGAAAUUACACAAAUUUGACCCAAGAAAUACCUACAAAAUACUUGAUAAAUUUUCCAUUGUAACAAUUAUAACAUGAAUUCAUAUAAACAAAUCUUGUGUGAAAAUAUUGA